GAUAUCCAUCUUUUGUUAACUUGAUUUUGAUUUUGUGCUGUACAGACCUACAUGUUCAAAUAUGACAGUGUUCACGGCCAAUGGAAAAAGAAUGAGCUUAAGGUUAAGGAUUCCAAGACCCUUCUCUUUGGCGACAAACCUGUCAGAGUCUUUGGUUCGAGAAACCCAGAGGAGAUUCCGUGGGGUGAGGUUGGAGCUGAAUAUGUUGUUGAGUCCACAGGAGUUUUUACUGACAAGGACAAAGCUGCUGCACAUUUGAAGGGUGGCGCAAAGAAGGUUGUCAUUUCUGCUCCGAGUAAGGAUGCUCCAAUAUUUGUUAUGGGUGUCAAUGAGAAGGAAUACAAAUUAGAUAUUGAUAUUGUUUCCAACGCUAGUUGCACUACCAACUGUCUUGCUCCAUUGGCGAAGGUUAUUAAUGACAAAUUUGGCAUUGUCGAAGGCCUCAUGACCACAGUGCAUUCAAUUACUGCAACACAAAAGACUGUUGAUGGUCCAUCAAUGAAGGACUGGAGAGGUGGAAGAGCUGCCUCUUUCAACAUUAUCCCUAGCAGUACUGGAGCUGCCAAGGCUGUGGGGAAAGUUCUGCCUGCACUAAAUGGAAAGCUGACUGGAAUGGCUUUCCGUGUUCCCACCGUGGAUGUCUCAGUGGUUGAC